CCAUGUGUAUAAGAUUGUAAAUUUUUUCUUUCUACCUUCUUUCUGCAUUUUCCCACUAUUUCUUCUACUUUCUUAACUACACAGUCUUUCUCUCUAUCUCUAGUCUUUGCUCUCUUCAGUCAUCCUCAAUUUUUUCUGCUAAAAACUCACAGUAUACAACUACUCCACCACUUGUACAGAAAUCUUGGAUAUAUCCCAAAAAGAAAAUCUUAUUUGUUGAAUGAUCAAAGUAAUUAUCAGAUAUGUAUUUAUCAGAUCUUGAUUUAAUCUUGGGAUAAUUUGUCUUAAUAUCACUAUAUAAUAUAUCUUUGUGGUCAUCAUUUGAUCUCCAAUGGAGUACUACUGCAGUUUUAGAUGGAGGAUUAUUAUACAGAAAAAGCUCCUUCUCUUUUUUGCAAUCUCUUUCUUCUUUCUCUCAGUUUUUGCAGGCUACAACACCCUCAAAUCUACAAGUCUCUUGGAAAUCAAUUUUGCGUUCGCUGCUAAAGCUGAUUUUUCCUUUCAGAAAUUAAACACGGGAAGUACUACAAGGAGGAUUUUAGGCGGACUCGGGUCAUCGCCGCCGCGGUGCAUGUCAAAAUGCGGCAGAUGCACGCCAUGCCGGCCGAUCCACGUGGCGGUGCCGCCAGGGACUCCGGUGACUACGGAGUACUACCCAGAAGCUUGGAGGUGCAAAUGUGGAAACAAGUUGUACAUGCCCUAGUUAUUCAUGCAUGCAUAUAUUGCAAAAGCAUAUGUCAAGGUCUCACUUGUUACGUUUAUUGACUAGCUAGGAAUAGCAACAGAACUAAUACACUCUCUCACUCUAUGUUAUGAGGAAAUGAUAGUGAUAGUAUGAUUUACAGUAUUUAUCUGUUUUAUGUGUUCAUAAAUUGUCUGCCAACGUUAAAUUUGUUUUCCAAUUUUUUUUUUGUUUUUUUUUUUGGAGUUACUUGGCUGAUUGCAUGGCUCGGUCAUCGGAGAGAGAAGACCGUGGAGCAACGGUAAACUUAUUUUCGUGUGACUUAUAAAUUAUGGGUUCGAGCCAAGAAAUUAGUCAUUAAUGCUUGUAUCAGAUUAGGCUACCUACAUCAC